AUGGAUGCGGUUGGCACGGGUCUGCCUGCCGCGUUCUGGGAAUCCCUGAUCCGCGGAUCAGAUCAUGACUUUUCCUGGGACAUGGACUGGCAACCCCUGAGUGCAAGACCCCAAGGGCACCCCGAUGACCCCGGCAGCCGUCCACAUCGUGCUAGUAUGGGAGAAAUGCCAGAGGCAAAAAUAGGCCCCGUGCAGUCCGCGCAGCUUAGAUCGCUUGACGACGGGCAGGUGAACAGGAUACCCGCGCCAGACUUUCGCACGCAAUCGCUACCGUCAGCGUUGCAAUCAGAGCUGUCUUUCCCCACGUCUGCUCGUGCCAGGCCAUCGUCAGAAAACCUAGGGAGCAGCAGUCGCGAUAAGCCCGCCACAAUUCCGCACUUUUGGAUGCAACAGUUCUCCGAGUUGAACAUGCGUCUGUAUCAGUUGGCAGCGACCAGCAGCACCCCAGAACGGGAUAACAACCGUCCGCGGCAGCCCGCGUCAUUCCCUACCCAGUAUGCUGGGAGGGUCAUCGAUGUGUCCUCGGCGUUUCUGGCACUGUUAAAGGCUAUCGGGAGCCACACGCAUGGUAUUGAUGACACCGACGUCAACAACCUGUCCUGGGACAGGGGAGAGAGGCGCCGAGAUCAGCAUAUGAGCUUUCCGGAAUACUCGUCUGAGUCCAGCGAAGACGAGUUUGGGGAAAGAGGAGGACGGUCACUGGAGAAAGAUGGGCGCCGAUCUUGGCGUGAUGCAAAGAAAUUGCGGAAGACAACACCCCCCUUGACAGAUAUCACAACCCUGCUGCAGCUGCUGGCCUGUUAUCUCCGCCUCCGCCGACUACACAAUAUCCUCUACAUUUACAUAGAGCAGUAUAUGGCAACGACGGCGGCGACAGCGGCAUUCCGACCGACAUCCUCUCAAGAGACUUUUAACGCACUCGGAGGAGGCAUGGGCACGGGCAUACAGCCGCCAUUGUUUAAGGAUCUUCACAUUGGAGGAGCCCCGCUGGGAGACUACCACCUCUUCCAGGUCAAAUUCGUGCUACAGAUCGUGGUACAUAUUCUGGGUGAAAUCGAAUUCUCCCUAGGAUUACCGGCAGUCUACCGCAUCAGUAAACGACCAGACGAUGAAGGGUCAGGUAUCCUUGGCUCAAGCAUCUCCCCACAGGGUGCUCAGUACCGUGAUGCAGGACCAAGCAGCCUCCGUUGGGCGCGAUGGCAGAGAGACCAGCAUGGUGUUAGCCAUGCGCAAGCGGCUGGGCCAGAUACGGAAGCUUCUGCGAGGCUCCAUUAA